GCGACCCACAGUUAAUAGUAAGUGCAGUGGGACGAACGAUGGACGUCAAAUGGUUUAAGGAUCGCGUGGUGGCCGUCGACGUGCUGUCCGCGCUUUUCGGCAUCGCCUCCUGGGUGGCCAUCAACGGCCUCUGGGUCCAGCUGCCUCUGCUGGUGCAAGCCCUACCUGAAGGAUGGUCCCUGCCCUCCUACCUCUCCAUCAUAAUUCAGAUCGCCAACAUCGGCCCGCUGAGCUACGGCCUGCUGAGCAGAAUGUGGCCGCACGUGGUGACCCCGGUGCGGGCCACGUGGGUUACGCUUACCGUUGGGGUGGCGGCCUCGGUGCUCAUGCCCAUUUUCUGGCGCGAGACGGCCGUCGUGUUUGGAGAAGAGCGCUCGAUCGCGCUGCUGGCACUCACGCUCGCGCUCAGCCUUGUCGACUGCACCAGCUCCGUCCUUUUCCUUCCUUACAUAGGACUCUUCAAGGGCAUCUACCUUCCAAGUCUGAUGCUUGGCGAGGGGUUGAGCGCUUUUCUGCCCAGUAUUGUGGCCACCAUUCAGGGCGUGGGCAAGUCGACCUGCGUCAACUCCACUGACCCAAACUGGCCUGGUUUGGUCGAGGAGCUGACGCCUCCGCUUUUCAGCACCGAGAUAUUCUUCGUUACUUUGGCCGUGAUGAUGGGCAUCGCGACGGCCGCGUUCUGCGGACUCGAGUAUUUGCCUGUUUGCGAGCAGGAGCGUUUGAAAGAGAAGGAAAAGGAAGACCAGAAACAGAGUUACGCAGUCCUCGAAGGACCUCUACACAACAAAACGACGCUGGUGCAAAUCCUGUUGAUGCAGUUCUGGCUGUGCCUCUUGUCGAACGGCUUGAUGGUCGGUCUGCAGAGCUACUCGGCCAUGCCGUACGGCAGCCAGGCCUACCAUUACGCGGCCAUCCUGUUCAACGUGGCCAACCCGCUGUCGUGUCUGUUCGCCCUCUACAAAGCGUGCCUGUCGCUGCGCGGCAUCUUCUCUCUGCUCGUCGGUAGCAGCCUCCUGAGCGCCUACCUCCUCUGGACGGCCGCCACCAGCCCGACGCCGCCCCUCGUUGAACACGUCGCUGGAGCCGUCAUUGUUGUUUUAGUCUGGUUUUUGUACGCUGGUGUUGCAAACUACGCUAAAGUGAGUGCCGCGUGCGUGCUUCGGCAGAACUGUUGGGAACGCCACGAGCAAGUCCAGCAGGACAAUGGCUCGAUGCGCGAGGACUCGCUUGAAGGGUCGAUUAUGGUGAGUACAAGAGUGCGAACGCCGGCUGAAGAGAGACUCUUUUACUUUGGCGUGGCGACGCAAGUCGGCUCCCUCGUCGGCUCCGUCAUCGCCUUCGUGCUGGUUAAUAUUCUCAAAUUGUUUGUGGCCAAGUAUCCGUGCCAGUAAUUCAAUUACCACGACAGCUACGCAAUUUCAUUCUCGUGAUGCGUCUUCUCAAGUCACGCAACUACGUACUUUUGUAAACUUUAAUUUGUAUAUAUAAGCUUUUUGUACCGGUGUGAGAUUCAAAGGUGUAUUUUUAAUAAAUAUAAUUUUUGAGCAGCA